AUGGUCUCCUCCAAAACAUUUGGUCUGCCAGGAUUGCUGUCUCUCCUCCUAUCUCUCUCCAUCAAUGCCAUCGCAACAAUCAACCUCAAAGGUCAAACUAUCGAAUUUAAUGGCAAGACCUACUACGCCCCUCCGACAGCUGUAGCGACACUCAAGACCGCUGCUGGGGCUCAAGUCAGCAAGACCAAUGGCUUGCAGCCUCUCACAGUGAUUCGGUCUGAUACGUUGAAGCUCACAAGCUCUAUCAUCGAGUCAUUGGUAGAAAAUUAUGAAUCUAUGGAUGAUGUUUUCAACACUGGAUUCCUUGAGUAUAUCUACGUUGAGUACAAUGGUACCCACAAAAAACCAUCUGAGAGUGUAUCAACACCCUCUUCUUGGGGAAAUAAGUUCCUUGGAUUCGCAUCCGCGUAUGAUACCAAGGCGUCCAUGAAGCUAUCGUCUUCAACGAGCCUGCCUGCAGGUCCCUAUUUCUUUAACCCGUCCAGCGGAGAGGUCUUUGAAGCCUAUCUGCUGUAUUCGGAUACGAUGGGCUCUUUCACUCAGGGCUUAAUCGCAGUUGGUGACGAUGAGUACGAUGUCUUGUCAGCGAGCCUGCCCGGUUAUGCCUCGUUGACAAUCGGUGUUCCAUCGAGGUUGUACUUCACAAAGACGACCGAAAAGCCUUUGGCAGGUGUUCGCCUUGGAGUCAAAGAUCUCUACGAUAUCAAAGGUGUUAAAACUGGCUGUGGUAACCGCGCCUACUUCGACAUUUACCCAGAGGCCAAUACCACGGGACCCGCAAUCCAAUCUCUCAUUGACGCGGGGGCCGUAAUAGUUGGAAAGAUGAAGACGAGUCAAUUCGCCAACGGUGAAACAGCUACAGAUGACUGGGUCGAUUAUCACUCCCCCUUCAAUGCCCGUGGAGACGGGUAUCAAGAUCCCAGUUCAUCUUCAUCCGGCCCUGGCUCUGGAAUCGGAGCCUAUGACUGGCUGGACCUAGCAAUUGGCAGUGAUACAGGAGGUUCAAUCCGUAACCCGUCACAGGUGAAUGGAUGUUUCGGUAAUCGGCCGUCGUGGGAUCUUGUCUCAUUAGAUGAUGUGAUGCCCAUGUCUCCGCUGCUGGAUACUGCGGGCUUUUUGACGAGAGAUGCAAAAUUAUGGAGGGCUGCCUCUGAGGUCUUGUACAAAGAUGCCGGCUUGAUUUCCUACACGAAGUAUCCGAAGAGUAUCAAGACCAUUCAAUUCCCUACUAGCGCUGAUACUGCAGCCGAUGCAGUUUUGCUUGGUUUUGUGGACAGCUUAGCAGCAUACUUGGGCGGUGCUAAUGUUUCGACGUUCGAUUAUGAUGAGUUGUGGGAGGCUACUAAGCCUUCGACUGUUUCUGCGAAUGAAACUCUUGAGAGUUUGUUGAAUCUCACUUACCCCAUUUUGAUCUCGAAGCAGCAGUAUUCACUUGUUGCUGCGCCAUUGUAUGAGAAGUAUGAGGCUGCAAAUGGAGGACGGAAGCCUUUCAUUGACCCAGUUCCCCUCUCCCGUUGGGGAUUUGGAUUGGAGUACCCAGAGUCGCAGCUGGAUGAGGAAAUUCUGCACAAAGAUAUCUUUACUCGUUGGUGGAAUAGUACUGCCCAGGUAUUUGAUGAGAAGACCUGUUCUGACAGCCUCAUUUUGUAUGUUGGGACUGCAGCAACGCCAACGUACCGCAAUGUCUAUCGGAGUCUGCCCGGUAUUCCCACUGGAUUUGCAUCCUCUCGCAUUGCCAACUUUGCUGGUGUACCUGACAUGGUUGUUCCAAUCGGUCAAGCACUAUAUAACUCUACCGUCACGCUCAAGGAGGAAUAUCUGCCCGUGGCGAUUGAUUUCAUCGCCCCGCACGGCUGUGAUCUUAUGAUCUUCAAUCUGGUCAAUGAGCUAGUUGAGGCAGGAAUUGUCAAGGAGCCUGUUGUCGGAUCGACUUUGUAUGGAGAUGGUGUGAUUUAUUAUUGA